AUGUCACGUAACGAGCUUAUUGACGCCGCCGUAAAGGAAGCUUUGGAUGCCGUUGAAGAUCCCUAUGUGUUUCAAAGUCCUAUCAAGCAUAUUGCUGUUAUCGGGGCUGGUCCAGUGGGUCUCGUUUCCACGAAAACGCUCCUUGAUCGGGGACUACAUGUCAAAACGUUUGAAAGGCACCAAGAUCUCGGUGGCCAAUGGCUUUAUUCGGACAAAGUUUCAUCCAACCCGAUCACUUGUAAAACCGGUGUGUCACCCGAAGCUCCCCUGAAAAACGGCACCCGAUGGACACCUGAGGUCGAGAAAGCUCUAGUUGAAGUGAUCCCUCCUUCAGCUAUCUACCGUGAUCUAUUCACAAACCUCAUCUCCCCGCUGAUGGAGCUUCGCGAUUUUCCCUGGCCCAAAGAUACCCCUCUCUACCUUUCGCACACCAAAGUUCAUCAGUAUUACAGAGCCUAUGCAGAUCAGUUCGGUUUGGAUAGACACAUCAUGUACAAUACCUCGGUGGAACAAGUUACAAAGUUGACCGGCAGUGGUUGGAAGCUGAACCUAAAGAGAUACGAGCGUGUGGAUGACACACUUCGCAUUCACGAGUGGGAGGAAACCUUUGACGCAGUUGUGAUGGCAACGGGAGCUCACCAACAAGCCAGUAUUCCAGAGUUCAAAGAUCUUGAAGCGUUUACUAGGUUGUUUCCGGAAAGGGUUCUGCAUGCAAAGCAGUAUAAACUCGUUGACCCGUUCACAAGAAAGAAUGUUCUGCUUGUAGGUGGACAUGUUUCAGCCUGUGAUUUGUCAAAGCAUCUCUACUGUCAAGCGAAAAAGGUGUACAUGUCAUUCCGUGGACCUUUUCAGUUGAAGAGCCGGGUGUUUAACCUACAUCGAUCUACCAUUCCGGAGACCACGAUUUUCAAACCCAACAUUGCCCACUUUUCGGAUAAGAAUGGCAAUAUUAAUGGAGCCAUUACCUUUGAAGACGGUACGACGGUGGACGACGUUGAUUUUAUCAUUUUUUGCACUGGUUAUAUGUACAAUCCCAAGCCUUUAGCAUCCCUGGUUUCGGACGUGCCCCAACCCGACAAGGUGUGGAAAUCCAAGACGCACGUUCUUAAUGCGUAUCAGCUUAUCUUCUGGAUACCCGAUCCGACAUUAGCAUUUGUGGGUGCUCCACCGCAUUUGGCAACGACACAGUUUUUCAAUCUUCAAGCCGAGACCCUGGCGCGUGUAUGGGCGGACAAGGCCAAGUUACCAUCCCAACUGAGCAUGCAAAAAUACACAGACAACAGACGCCCGCCAUGCUCUCCCGACGAUUUUGAAUUCCAUGGAGAAAAGCAAAGACAGUUGGGAUUGAUCGUGUGGCUCAAUGAACAUAAUAGACUGCUCGGACAUGAUGAACCAGAGUUGAAAGAGAUGGGAGAUCAUUUUGAAGAGCUCCUAAAAGACGCUGCCCGAACCUGGAAAGAAGAUUCCAUGGCGAUGCUGAAAGCGAUAAGAGAAAGAAAAUCGUUACCGUCGGCAAAGCUUUAA